AUGGUGGGUACGAGAGGACGACCGGCAUUGGCCCACCGCAAUAUCUGUCUGGAGAACCUCUACCUAAAAGCCGACGGUGGCGUCUGCAUAGGCGGACUAGAAUAUGCCAUCUGUGCUCCACCCUCUCCUCUUCCUCUUUCGAUGGAACAGUUGACGCAGACUUUUAAUGCCCACGUUCGCGAAUGGUCGACAGCUCUCCUACCGAGCCAACCCAUCUUCUCUUGCUUAAACACCUUCAAUGACGGUGAUCGUUUCUCCCAGAUUGCGUCUGUGCCACUGUUUCCCGAAUGGUGGCCAGUAUGUGGUCUGCAAGUCGGAUCUCCGACUUAUAUGGCACCGGAGGUGUGUGCUCAUACCUUACGCACAGAAUCUUGGAUUGAAUUAGUUGUUCUGAGAUAUUUGGUUAGAAAUUUGAAAGCGAGAUUUGAUAUCGCAUUAACUAUCAUCGAUGUUACUUCUCUUGAAACUGGACAUCCCUACUACACGUGCAACCACAUUUGCAAUGGCACCUCUUUCCUAAUAAUGUGA